GGCAGAGAAAUCAAAUGGAAUAGGGACAAAAUAUGAUCACACCAAAGCAUUGAGAAUCCUACCGAAAGCACACAGCCUACACUCAAAAAGAAAUCAAAUUAGUGAUUCAAAAGUACGUAAAUAAGAGAAAUGGCAAACACAGAGCCAGCGACGGUUACCAACAAGCAAAUCAUAUUCUCAGGUUAUGUGAGUGGAUUCCCGAAGGAAUCCGAUCUAAAAGUCACCACAACCACCAUCUAUCUAAGGAUUCCAGAGAGAUCCACAUCAGUUCUGGUGAAGAAUCUUUACUUGUCUUGCGAUCCUUACAUGCGCAUUAGCAUGGGAAAGCCUGAGCCGUUGAGUUCUUCGCUCGUCCCACCGUUCAAUACCGGCGAGCCAAUCAUUGGCCUUGGAGUAUCUAAAGUGAUAGAUUCAGGACAUCCAGAUUACAAAAAAGGAGACUUACUCUGGGGAGUAGUUGGAUGGGAGGAGUACAGUGUUAUUACUCUAUUUCCUUACUCACAUUUUAAGAUCCAUCACACAGAUGUUCCAUUAUCUUACUACACUGGACUUCUUGGCAUGCCUGGUAUGACUGCUUAUGCUGGAUUUUACGAAAUUUGUUCACCUAAGAGAGGAGAGACUGUCUUCGUAUCAGCUGCAUCCGGUGCAGUUGGCCAGCUUGUUGGACAAUUUGCAAAGCUGGUGGGUUGUUAUGUUGUUGGAAGUGCCGGUAGUAAAGAAAAGGUUGAUCUUCUCAAGACAAAGUUUGGAUUCGACGACGCUUUCAAUUACAAGGAGGAGAAUGACCUUAACAUAGCCCUAAAGAGGUAUUUUCCGGAAGGGAUCGACAUAUAUUUCGAGAACGUGGGAGGUAAAAUGUUGGAUGCAGUGCUGAUAAACAUGAAGUUGAAUGGUCGUAUCGCAGUUUGUGGAAUGAUCUCACAGUAUAAUUUAGUGGAUCCAGAAGGUGUACACAAUCUAACCACGAUCCUUUACAAGAGGAUAAAGGUUCAAGGCUUUGCUGUCUCUGAUUUCUACGACAAAUACUCGAAGUUUUUGGAUUUUGUGCUUCCUUACAUAAGACAAGGGAAGAUAACGUACGUCGAGGACAUAACUGAAGGACUCGAGAGUGGACCUUCUGCUCUGUUAGGAAUCUUCCACGGUAAGAACGUUGGUAAACAACUCUUUGUGGUUGCUCGUGAGUGAGAGACCACUAGCCACGAGAGUUCAGUUCCUUUGGUGACUUGUGACGGUUUGUUUUUGUUUGUUCGGACUAAUACAAUUUGAU